AUACUGAGGUGUACCGGGUUAUACUGGGCUGUACUGGGAGAGUCUCGGUUAUACUGGGCUGUACUGGGAGAGUCUCGAUUAUACUGGGCUGUACUGAGUUGUGCUUGGGUGUACUGGGCUGUACUGGGUCCAGCCUGGCCAUACCAGCUGUAUAACCGGGUUAUACUGGGCCGUGCUGGGUUGUAUUAGGCUGCACUGGGCUAUAGUGGGCUGUACUGGGUUAUACCGGGCCAUACCGGGCCAUACUGGGCCAUACUGGGCCAUACUGGGCUCGCGCUGGCGGCUCGGGGCCCUCAUGGAGCGGUUCGUGGCGGGGAGCCGGGCAGCGCUGCAGGAUCACAUCCAGCAGCGCCAGGAGAUCCACGUGGUGAUGGGCAACGAGGCCUGUGACCUGGACUCGGCCGUCUCGGCGCUGGCCCUGGCCUAUUUCCUGGCCCAGACGUCCCCGGCGCCCGGAGCCGCCGUCGUGCCGGUGCUGAACAUCCCCCGCGCCGACUUCGCGCUGCGGACGGAGACGACGUUCCUGCUGCGGGAGCGGGGGAUCCCGGCGGCCGCGCUCGUCUUCCGGGACGAGAUCGACCUGGGGGCGCUGCACCGCGCCGGGCUGCUCUCCCUGACGCUGGUGGAUCACCACGUCCUGCCCGGUGCCGACGCCGCCCUGGAGGAGGCUGUGGUGGAGGUCCUGGACCACCGGCCGCUGGAGCGGGACCGUGGCCCCCCGUGCCGGGUGACCGUGGAGCCCGUGGGCUCCUGCGCCACGCUGGUGACCGAGCGCAUCCUGCAGGGCCCCCCGGGCGUGCUGGACGGAGCCACGGCCGCGCUGCUGCACGCCACCAUCCUGCUGGACUGCAUCAACCUGAGCCCGGCCGCGGGCAAGGUGACUCCCAGGGACGUGGCCUGCGUGUCCCUGCUGGAGGAGAGGUUCCCAGAGCUGCCGGCCCGUGAUGCCGUGUUCGGAGCCCUGCAGGCGGCCAAGUUCGAUGUCACAGGGCUGACGACAGAGCAGAUGCUGCGGAAGGACCUCAAAGUCCUCUCCAACGACGACGUGGUCGUUGGCAUCAGCGGCGUCUUCGAGGACCUGGAAACGUUCCUGCUCCGGCCUGGCUUGCUGCAGGACCUGGAGGCUUUCUGCCAGGGCCGUGGCUACGCGGGGCUGGUGGCCAUGACCGUGUCCUUUAACGAGCACUACGAGCCCACGCGGAAGCUCGCGGUCUACAGCCGGCAGGAGCCCCUCCGCACCACGCUGUGCCGGGCGCUGGAGGAGGCGACGACGCCGUCGCUGCUGCUGCAGCCGCUGCCCAGCCCCUGGCCCUGCGUGGCCACCUACGCCCAGGGCAACGCCGUGGCCGCUCGCAAGAAGGUGCUGCCCAUCCUGCGGGCAGCGCUGGGGGGCCCGGGGGCUGCGGGGGGCCCCGAGGAGGAGGUGGUGCCCCCGCCCACCCCCAUGAACAGCCUGGUGGAGGAGUGUCCCCUGGCACAGGCCGUGCCCCCGCUGUGUCCCCAGGACGUGCUGGAGCGGGUCAGCCGCAUCGCCGUGGGGCAGCCCCCCGGCUCCCCCAAAUAGCAGCGGGCGCCCCGUGGCUUUUUGAGGUCUGGGUGAGAAGUUGGGGUCCCUGAGCAGGCCCUGGUGGGGUGCCUGGGCGUGGGGGGGUUGCAGCUGCCUUUGGUAGAGCUCAGCUCCUGUCCUCGUCGUGGUUUGUCCCCCCCCAAAGGCUCCCUCGGCCCCAGUGGUCCCCAGGGUGGGUUUUGGGGAAGCCAUGGGCAGUAAUUGCACCCCCUUAAUGACAGCGUUGGGGUGGGGGAGUUAACGAGUUCUUAACGAUCUUCCUUCCUUGGGGGGCAGAGGGGGGCCCCAGAGGCUGGGUCUGGACAUGCAGCUGUCCAGGACUGUCACUGUUUUCCAAGGAUUAAAUUUCCCUUUUCUUCCA